GCUUUUCUUUCUUUGAGCCCCACCACUCCUUCGAAUAUUUACCCACAACCGGAAACCUGUGAAAUCUACCCCCGCAGCAACCGUUGAUCUAAAAAUUUACAUAAAGCCAUUCACCCCCUUUCACCCUUCGAAACUCCUGCUUUUCUUUCUACGAUCUUCUUUCCACAUGUCAUAUAUAUUCUCACAUUUGAGACUAUCAACUACAAGAAUUCCAACUCAAGCCAAAUUCCAAUACAGAAACUUUUCUCGCACAAACGUCAUCAUGGGUGUCACAAAGCAUAUCAUAAAAGAGGGUUCUGGCGCAAGUCCUUCGAAUGGACAGACCGUCACCAUUGAAUACACUGGAUGGUUGAAGGACACUUCCAAGGGAGAUACUCUCGAGGCUCAAAAGGGCAACCAAUUCGAUUCCUCUGCCGGCCGUGGUGAUUUCGUUGUUCAAAUCGGCGUCGGCCAAGUCAUCAAGGGUUGGGAUGAGGGUGUUACUCAGAUGAAGCUCGGUGAGAAGGCUACUUUGGACAUUACUCCUGAUUAUGCCUAUGGUGCCCGUGGUUUCCCCCCUGUCAUCCCAGCCAACUCAACUCUUAUCUUUGACGUUGAGCUCAAAAAGAUCGGUUAAACACGCGAUAUUCAAAAAAUUUCGACCAUAGACCGCUAUUAAGGCGAGAAGGCUCAGGCUCACGAAGAACGAACGAACGAGUGAAUGAAUACAUAUUGGGUGGUGGCAUAUGUGAGCCGCCCACUAAGUUGAGAAUGAAUACCACGUUGUUUCUAUAAAUCACCAUGCACUUGGGACUUUGUGAUGGUCAUCAAACCUAUGAAUAUUACAUCAGGAGUGAACAGACGAGAUACUUGAAUGGUGAACUUGAUAAAUCUGCAACGCACCCUUACAAACAGGGUUCGGAUACCACCCCUCUUGUAUCGCUCGUAUAGAUUGGUUCAGAAUGCGGGUGACGAGGGGCUGUGUAUUUGCCUACCUAACUAGGAGGUAGUAUGAAUAUAUGAUGCCGUCGGUUCACUCAUUGGGCGUCACGCAUGUCAGAAAGGGUUGAUUUCAGCGUUGGUAGAGAAUACAGGACUCUUCCAACCAGCAUUAUGAACUCGAAAAAUUAGAUCAUUAAUGCACGCCUGACUCAUCUACUGAAAUAAGUUUCUGUGGGAUGAAAUGAUUUCCAUCACCUACCAUUCAUUGUUUUACCCUUAAGAAUUUCCAAACAGUACACUCACUGUACAGAAUCUUG